CGGAGCAAACAUUCAGUAAUCAAUACAUGAGAUUAUUUGAUUUUUUACUUAUAGGACUGAUUCCCUUGACAAUUGGUAGUUCAGUGAAUAAAUCAGAAAAUGAGAUCUCGAAUAGAUUAGAUGAAAUCGAUCUAAAGUUCAAAAGCAAUGGUGCAUCUCUGGAUAUCUUGGAUGACUAUGACGUUGCCAUAAAUGAUCUCGAAAAGCUUCUCUCUUCCAGCGAUUUUAAGGAUGAAAGUAAUGGGAUCCUUCAAAAAAUCGGAAACACAAAGUUCAGGCACGGUGUGAUAAAUCUCAUCUUGAAACGUGAAAGGUUGGCAUACAACGACUUCCAUUCGUGUAUCGUAAACAGGAACGAAAACAGUCAAGAGUUUGUUGUUCAUAAUGGUUGUUUUGAAAAAUUCACUUCUCUAGGUUUGAAGCUCGGUCAUUUCAACCAAGUCCAGGACGAAGUAACCAAACUAGACGAUACGAAAAUCAGCAAAUUAAUCAACAAAAAAAUUUACAAUGACGCCAAAGAUGUGUUGAGCAGAUAUAAAAAUGAAUUGGAGCUUUUUGAGGAUGCUAUAAGGUCAAGAGAUUGGAGAGCUUGUAUUGAUAUUUCGGACGAGUUGGCAAAAAUUGGGGCAAACGACGACAAAGUUAUCAGAAAUAGAAUUCGAUGCUUGCUACUGACUGAUAGCUUUGGAGAUAAGGAGGAUGAAAGUGUGAGCAGUUACGAUUUGAGAGCCAAGCUAUUGAGCGAAGACCUCAACAAAUUAGUCAAUGAAGAAGUCACAGAUGUUGAUUUACACGAUUUCGUCAUGUUGGGAGAAAUGGAGUUUUUUGGGAUAACCGGAAUUUACAGUUUGCAAACGGAAAAGAUUCUAAGAAACUGCUUGAAAAUAGACAAUGAGUUUGAUGAGUGUAGGAGUUUGAACAAGGUCAAUAUCAAAUUGAACAAGUUGAUGAAAUUGCUGAAAGAUAUUUCGAUCUACUAUUCAUUUGUAUAUAGUAACACCGAUGAAACAGUCGAUGGUGAGAGAGUAAAUGAUACUGAAUUGAGUAUUGAAGAGUGGAAAGAGGUGGUAAGCCUUCUUUUCGACGGUGACAAGAAGAUAAAGAUAAAAAAUGCAUCUGAUAGAAAGGCGUUUGCAGCAUACGGGUUGGAUAUUGACAGUUUCAAAAGUAAUUUCGAUAUUCUCAUCGAGCUCUUUGUUAGCUUCAGCAAACAGAUUGGGUUUAAGGAGAAGGAGAUUUGGAGUUCUUCUUUUCUGAAGGACCUUUUCAAAUUGAGCAAGGAAGCGUAUUACCAGAUUGGUGAAUUCGAUAAGUACAAGAAAAACCAGAUAAUCCUACAAAGCAAAUACUUCAAAAAGUUGGAGAGUUACUUGAAGAAGAAGAAGAUGGAUAAGGCAAAAGGAUUGCUAGACAGCCUGCCCAAUUCGAUGAAGUUGUGUAGACUGAUCCGAGAGCGUCAGAAGCGGUUUGAGGAAAUACUUCAGCAACAACAGCAACAACAACAGCGUCAUCAACAUCAACAACAGCAUCACCACCACCAGCAGCAUCAACAGCAACAGCAGCGUCCGAGUAAGCCCUUCACGCCUAAGAACGAUUACUACAAGAUCUUAGGUAUUGGCAAGGACGCCAACGCAGAUGAGAUUAAGAAGGCAUACCGUCAGAAGAUGAAAGAGAACCAUCCGGACAAGGUGAAGCAACAGAUGAAAAAGGAAGGGAGCAAGGAGUUGAGCGAGGAGGAGAUCGAGACACGAGUGGCAGAGAUCAACAACGCGUACGAAAUUCUCUCAGACGAGGAAAAGCGGGCCAACUACGACCGCCACGGAGAAGACCCGAAUGAUCCGGAGAACGCACGACAAAGACAGCAAUGGCAGCAGCAGCAUCAACAGCAGCACUUUGGAGGUCAAGGCGGCGGGUUCCACUACAAUCACAAGCAGGCAUCUUCUCACGGCACCCACAGCAACCACAGCUACCGCAACAACCACACCUACAGCACCGGCAAGUACAACAAUAGCGGAAAUAUCUACUCACAGGACAACCAGUUCGCCUCGCAGUUGGCCCUCUUUGACGAGUGUUUGGCCCAGAACUCCACUUAUGACUUGGCAACGGGAAAAAUUUCUGGAGGUGUGAGCCAUUUCUGGUUUGCUGUGAAAAAAGUCAUACCUAUCUAUAGGUCGUUGAUCUAUUCCGGCCAGUUGAACGAAAAGCGCAUGGCCGAGUUUGUCUCACUCUUAAGAAACGGCCUCAGGAUUCACCGUUUGGAGUUGUCGAAGUUGAAGAAGAACUUGGACAAAGACUCAAACAACCCAAUCAAAAACAUUCACUAUUUACUCACCUGUGCCAUCAGAGAGGUUUCUUACAAUCUUUUGGACGGCUUGAUUUCCCUGAACUCCCAUGGCUUGACCCAUCUUUUCAAGGCUUACAAGGAUCUAGGGUUCACAUACGAGGCAGUCCACAUCUGGGAAACAGGCAAGAAAAAUCCUUCUUUGAACCAUUUGUUUACCUCAGAACCAGUAUUGGGCUCCAUUUUUCCUUUCUUGGUAGAAUCAGGCGAUUUUGACUUCAACGAAAUUUGGGAAAUGUAUCAAAAAAUCAAGGACUCCAAAGGUGCAAACGAAAAAUUGCAUAAUGAGUUGCAAGUCGGAAUGAUCAGAGUCUGCCUUUUCAAAGAUCAGACCAAUGACGCUUUGGCAAUCUUCAAGCAAUUGACCUCAGACGUCUACAAUUCUUUCAACCACAAAGGCAUAGAACCUCCAAUCAAUGUCAAGUCUUACAUGACAAUGGCUCACUUGUCUUUCAUUGGCUUUUGCAAAGACAUUGACACUGCAGACUAUUUCUUCCAGGAUGCAGUCAACGAAUCAAUGCCAUAUCUAACCCCGCUCCAGUUGAAUUUCAUCAAGAAGUACCUCUCAAACACAUGGGAAAUCACCAACGACUACGAAAAGGUAAAGAAGAUUUGGUUGAUUACCUGGAGACAUUACGAAAGUAAGAAAACUUCCAACUCCUCAGUGUCCUCCUCAUUAAAUGAUGCCUUUUUAUCUAUUUUUUUCAAAAAAUUUCCUGCAUUCUCAAAUGAGUCUUUCAGCGAAUUGAGAGCAGUGAUUGAUGACUACAAUUCCAUUCGUUUGAUUGACGAACCAUUCAUCAACGUGUUGUUAUCGAAAUCCACUUCAUGGCACAAUUCAGAAGUUUUUGAGUUUAUUUUGAAUACAGCCAAUUCGAAUCAAUUUUCAAAAACUAAUGUCUUUUACAGAUGCUGUUUGAAAGCUUGUGGAUCAGUAGAUAUAGACUCAAUGAGUAUCUUGACUCUAUUCAGACAACUAUUGGCAAAUAACGCUUCGAAUGGCAUGAAAUUCAUUGCUCACGCUGAUUGGGUCGCCUUGAGGGAUGCAACUAUUAACUCUCCAUACUUAUCGAACUUCGAAUCGGUUAAUGACAGAAUCGACCUUUACUUCAAGUUAUGGAAAAUUUGCUCCAGCUCAUUCAUUAGCUUAGAAAACUUCAAAAGUUACGUUCUCAAAGAUGUCAAGUUGAAUUUCAAUUAUUCCAGGAUUUUCCAACAGAUGGCUAAUAUCAAUGCUGAUGUCGAGAUCCCUGAGAUCUCGUAUUUUGAGAACAACAAAUCAAUUCAGAACUAUAUCGGUACAGGUUACACUUUCUAA